UCCAUGGAUUCAUGAUCAUGUCUUGGAUUAUGUGUUGCAUUUUUUUUACCACAUUUAAUAGUCUCCAAAUACAUCAGCGAUUACACACAGGAGAGAAGGCGUAUCACUGCUUACAGUGUGGCAAGAGUUUCUCUCGGUCAGGCACUCUUAGUAGACACCAGCAAACACACACAGGAGAGAAGCCGUAUCACUGCUUACAGUGUGGCAAGAGUUUCUCUCGGUCAAGUCUUCUUAGUGAACACCAGCGUAUACACACAGGAGAGAAGCCAUAUCACUGCACACAGUGUGGGAAGAGUUUCACUCGGUUAAAAGAUUUUCGUGAACACCAGCGCAUACACACAGGAGAGAAGCCGUAUCACUGCCUACAGUGUGGAAAGAGUUUCUCUCGGUCAAAAGAUUUCCGCAUGCAUCAGCGCAUACACACAGGAGAGAAGCCGUAUCACUGCUCACAGUGUGGCAAGAGUUUCUCUUGUUUGACAAAUCUCAGUGUACACCAGCUCAUACACACAGGAGAGAAGCCUCAUCACUGUUCACAGUGUGGCAAGAGUUUCUCUCGGUCAAGUCUUCUUAGUGAACACCAGCGUAUACACACAGAAGUGAAGCCGUAUCACUGUGUACCAUGUGGAAAGGGUUUUACCAGGUUUGGUAACCUCAAAAGACACCAGCGAAAACACACAGAAGUCUCUCUUUGA